AUGAAACUUUUGGCCCCAUUAGUACUUGUAUUCCUAGUUACUGCCGUUAGCGCCGGAACUCAAAGCGUCGCCGUUCAAGGAACAUUGACUUGUGAUGGUAAACCAGCUGCUGGAGUUGUAAGUUAUUGCCUUUUUUAACAAAAAACACAGAUUUUUUUUAAAAAUCGUACUGAAAUAGUACAGAAAAUAACAUUUUUAAUAAAAAUUUACUGAAAAGGCACUAAAAAAGUAUGCUUUACAUGAUUUUAUGUCGAUAUUACACUGAACACCUUGCUUUUUCGCAGAUUUUUAGCCCUAACUUUUUGGCAAAUGAAAAAAUCAAAUUUUUUGAUAAAACAGAUUCCUCUAUAUCGACUUCACAAUUUAAAACCUUAACACUCACCUUUUCAGAAAGUAAAAUUAUACGAUGAAAACAGCAUCACCCCAGACAAUAAGCUGGCCGAAGGAAAAACCGACGCCCGAGGCGUUUUCACACUCCAAGGCUCCGAAAAAUCAGUCCUGACAUUGAAGCCUAAGUUCAACGUCUACCACAGAUGCCAUUACAACAACCCCAUUCCAUUCUGUUACCAAAAAUUCACUGUAAACAUUCCAUCCCGCUACAUUACUGAUGGUUCCAUUCCUCAAAAGACGUUCGAUGCCGGUCGAUUCAACUUGGAAGCAAAAUACCCUGGCCAAUCUAGAGAUUGUGUCAACUUGGCUUAA